GUCCGGGUGUCCCAGGCAUGGCGGUCGCGGCCUCGUCGCUUCUCCGUCUUCUUCUUCUCCUCCUCCUCCUCCUCCUCACGGGGCCCGCCUGCACAGCAGGUCCGGGCUUCCGGCUGGCGCUGGCGCUGGGCGACCACAUGGUGCUGCAGCGGGAGCCGUCGAGCGCCGUGGUGUGGGGCCUUGGGCAGCCCGGAGCCCGCGUCACCGUCACCCUCCGACGGGGCCCCGCCACAAUCCAGACCCAGGAACCCCGCUUCCCAGACCCCCGUGGCAUCUGGUCGGUGGUGCUGGACCCCAUGGGACCCGGGGGUCCGUACGAGCUGGUCGCGGAGCAGACCGUCGGGGCCAACCAGACCACCCGCCUGACCGCACGCGACGUCUACUUCGGCGACGUCUGGCUGUGCGGCGGGCAGAGCAACAUGGAGAUGACCGUUUCCCAGAUCUUCAAUGCCACCGAGGAGCAGUCGGAGGCGUCGGCCUACCCCCACGUGCGCAUCUUUGCGGUGUCCCUUAGCCAGGCGGAGCAGGAGCUGGAGGACUUGGAGGCCGUUGACCUGCCCUGGUCCGUCCCCACCCCGGAGAACCUGGGCCACGGGAAUUUCCAGUUCUUCUCGGCGGUGUGCUGGCUGUUUGGCCGGCAGCUGUACGACAGGCUGCGGUACCCCAUCGGGCUGGUGGCCUCCUCGUGGGGCGGGACGCCCAUCGAAGCCUGGUCCUCCCCGAGGGCCCUGCGGGAGUGUGGCCUCCCCCAGGAAGGGGCCCGAGCCCGCAGGCCUGCCUCGGCCGCCUCCGCCGGGCCCGCCGCCUCCUCGGUGCUGUGGAACGCGAUGAUCCACCCGCUGCUCAACAUGACCCUGAAAGGGGUCAUAUGGUAUCAGGGAGAGGCCAACAGCGUCCUCAACACCGACCUGUACAACUGCACCUUCCCCGCUCUCAUCCGCGACUGGCGCCGGGCUUUCCACCGCGGCUCCCGGGCUCAGACGUCACCUCUCUUCCCCUUCGGGUUUGUGCAGCUGUCCACAAUGGCGGAGGAGAGCCGGGACGUGGCCGACGGCUUCCCCCGCAUCCGCUGGCACCAGACGGCCGACUUCGGCUUCGCCCCCAACCCGCAGAUGCCCAACACCUUCAUGGCCGUCGCCAUGGACCUCGGCGACCCGGACUCGCCAUUCGGCAGUAUCCACCCUCGUGACAAGCAGACAGUAGCCUACCGGCUGCAGCUGGGGGCCCGCGCCGUGGCCUACGGAGAGAAGGGGCUGCUGUUCCAGGGUCCUCUGCCCGCCAAGCUCCAACUGUGCGCGCGCCAGCGGCUGCUCAAUGUCACCUACGGGCAGGACCUGCGGCUGGUGAUGCGUGAUGACCGCAUCUUUGAGAUCUCGUGCUGCGGCCCCCCUGACCCCUCUGGGGCCCGUCUCUGCAAGUGGGUUCCGGCCCCCAUGGUCUCCACGCCGUCUCCCAGCUCCCCUCGGACCCUGGCCCUGUCGGUGUCCUGCCCCAGAGCCGUGAGCGGUCUCCGCUACGCCUGGACCACUUGGCCCUGUGCCUACAAGCAGUGCCCUCUCUACCACCCACAAAGUGCCCUGCCUGCCCCCCCAUUCACUGCUACUCUGCCCCACUAGCGGGUGAAGGGCAUCCCGACCAGGGCCUGCCCAGAGACAGACGUGGACGGGUGGCCCGGCCCCCGGCAGUGCAGGCUGGAGCCCACUUCUGAUGGACGAGGUGGGACCUUCACCACCUUACCCGUCUUUAAAUCUGCCUCAGGCCUAGAGUAGAGGCCAGCGCUCCACACAAGGUGACCCUGUGAACAUCAGAAACCCUUCAACCCGUACUGGCCUGUCCUCGGUUCCUGCUCCAGCUGCUGCUGUCCCCUCCCCCUGGGUCAAAGGGGC